AUGUGGCUCAAGAUGUUCUUUUUGCUCUUGUAUUUCAUCGUUUUGUUCAUGCUGGCUCGGAUAUUCGAGGCGGUGGUUUGGUACGAGACAGGUGUGUUCGCCACACAGCUGGUCGACCCUGUUUCUCUCAGCUAUAAGAAGCUGAAGACCAUCCUGGAGUGUCGAGGGCUGGGAUACGCUGGGCUGGCUGAGAAGAAGGAUGUCAGCCAACUGGUGGAGAAAUCGGGAGAGCUGACACACGGCGAGUUAUAUUCCGCCAUCAAGAAGGAGAAUGAGCAAACAGAGGCAGGUGAUGCCAGCAGCACACAUUUCAGCGGAGAGAUGCACUUCUAUGAAUUAGUGGAGGACACUAAAGAUGGCAUCUGGUUGGUUCAGGUCAUUGCUCAGGACCGAGAAGCUCUGCUCAGUAAGUCAAACUGGGGGAAGAUGGUGCAGAAAGUGUCUCAGUUUGGAAUCCGAACCGGGACUUUCAACUGCUCUCAUGACCACAGGUCAUGCAUGAAACGCGGCUGGCAGCGUUCCACUCUCAUCAUGUCAGUCCCACAGACGUCGGCAUCUAAGGGCAAAGUCACAUUGAAAGAAUACAACGGCCGUCGCGUGGAGCCCGAGCACAUCUUCCGUUGGAUGACUUCGCAUAUGUCUCAACGCAUCAAGACGCUUUCCCGUUCGGAGAAACUGCUGGAGGAGUGGCGCCCUGACCCGCGCCACCCAUUAAAGAUGUUUCUCUUCGCUCCCCUGCCUCAGCCGCCCGUUUUCUUCUCCUCGCUGUCGGUCAAGUUCACCGGCAGGAUCGAGUUCAUAUUCGUGGACGUCAGUCGCUGGGACAAUGACAGCAGCCUAUUAGAGAUCGGUGUGACGCAGAGCCCCGCCUAUAUCCUGAAGAUGCCGGAGGGGGUGUAUCACUAUGGCAACAGCACCGGAGAGUUCUUGUCUGUGGCCGCCAUGGACACCUUCUUGCGAUCACUUCAACCCGAGGUCAAUGACUUGUUUGUCCUCAGUCUUGUCCUCAUCAACCUGUUGGCAUGGAUGGAUCUCUUCAUUACACAGGGAGCGACAGUGAAACGUUUUGUUGUGCUCAUCCGAACACUUGGAACUUACAAUUCCAUCCUUUUGGUGUCUUGGCUUCCAUUUCUGGCUCUCCUCCAGCUGUCUUACCUGGAUGCUGUCUACGGUUACAGCCUGAAGUUGCUCCGCUACGCAGACACAACCACACUGGCCAGCGUGGUGAGAGCCGAUUGGACGUUCUAUUCUUCCCAUCCGGCUCUCUUCCUGUCCACUUACCUGGCGCACGGCCUGCUGGUGGACUAUUUUGAGAAAAAGCGUCGCUGUGGAAACAGAAGCCAAGAGGACAGCAGCACUAACUUGGAGUGGUUGGCCAGUUUGUGGGAGUGGUACACAUCCUAUCUGCUCCACCCGAUAGCAUCGCUACAACAAGUGCCGUCAGACUGGGAUGAUGACCCUAACUUUCUUUUUGAGCGCUUAGCCUUUCCUGAUCUCUGGCUUCGCCCGUUAGUGAGCUUGGACUACAUAAAAGCUUUACCGGCGUGGAAAUUCCGAUGCGGCGGUGGAGCCAAGCUGGAAGACGAGAUUGACAGAUCUCACUCAGACACAGACAGCAGUGAGUCAAGUGACUAUUCCUCACAAAGUGACAAGUGGCAGGAGAGCACAUCGUACAACCUGGAUGCUGACGCGCACUCUGUUGACAGCAAUACAGAGCGCGUGACGGAGGCGUGUUGCGGAGGCAAACCUGACUUCCCGUCUGCUCGCGGGGUGUCAAAAAGCAUCUCGCGAAAUGACCACGGCGAGCAUUCGGGAUGGCCCCGCGGGAUUUUGCGCUGCUCGGAAUGCGUCGUGUGCCUGGAGAACUUUGUGAGCGAAGAACUACUGAUGGGUCUUCCCUGCGGCCACGCCUUCCACCAGCAGUGCAUCGUUCUGUGGCUGGACGCGGGCCGACACUGCUGUCCAGUGUGUCGCUGGCCCAGCUACAAGAAGAAGCAGCAGCAGCAUGUUUAA